UGUCAGAUGUUGGCGAUUAUAAACAUUUAACGCAGUUGUGGAUCUAACGGCGUUUUAACUGCUUUGAUCAAGACGCAGACGAGAGCUUCUUGCGCUCUGGGAAACAGAUAUUGUGCACCUUUUUGCGCCGGAGACGCUGAUGUCUUCAUUGGACUCCUUUCAGUCGGAGAUGGUGGAACUCUCUCGGAUUUCCAACGUGGAAACGUAGCAUCCAAUUAAUCAGCGACUGCAACUGUACCCCCGUAAGGCGCAGUGGCACUUGGUCCGCUCUCUUCAACACCUACCUUUGGACUCCAAAGUGUGGAAAGACGCAUGGUUUGGUCGCUGCGCCGGAUCGGAGUAUGAAAAACACACACCUGGUGCGGCAUUUCAGCUUUUGUUUCUAUCAGGACAUAAACUGAAACUGAACUCGUUUUAAGGAUUUUUUUUCGGAUUGUGUCCGUUGAGCGAUUCAUGCAGCUGAUUCAGUUUGGGACACUAAAUGAGUCGUGUUUUCUGUUUGGGAUUUUAACACCAACAGUCGAGCGAGUUUCAGGUCUGCAUGGGCCAUAUUUAAGCUUUCUUCAUAGGAACUGAGUCUAAGAUGAAGUUAUGGGAUGUUUUGGCCACGUGUUUGUUGCUCCUGAGCUCUGUUGCUACACGGCCUCUCUACCAAAACACUCAGCCAGCCAAGAGGACUUAUUUCCCCAGCAGCUACAGUGAUUCUGCGUCCCUGUCUGUGGAGGACGAAGAAGAGCCAACGUUCCAGCGUGAAGAGCACAACCUGCAGGAGAUCUCCAUGGAGGAUCAAUAUGACAUCACAGGUCCCUAUCCAGACCAGUUUGAUGACGUAAUGGAUUUUAUCGAGGCUACUAUUGGCAGACUCCGGAGGUCGUCGGGGCCCAGCGGGGGCUCCAGGGGACGGAGGGAGCAGAGGCAGAGGGGAGCAGCAAACACAGGAAGCACAAGAGGCGAGAGGAGAGGACACAACGACAGGAGGCGUGGUCGGGGGCGAGGGGGAAGUCGAGGGGGCAAAGGAGGAAGGGGCGAGAAAGGGAGGGAGGGGAUAACAGUGCAGACCAGAGGCUGCUUGUUAAAGGAGGUCCACCUCAAUGUGACGGACUUGGGGCUGGGAUACCAGACUAAAGAGGAGCUGAUCUUCCGGUACUGCAGCGGCCCCUGUGUGGAGGCGGAGACCAACUACGACAAGAUCCUCAACAACCUCACACACAACAAGAAGCUGGACAAGGACGCGCCCUCUCGCACCUGCUGUCGACCCAUCGCUUUUGAUGAUGACUUAUCUUUCUUGGACGACAAUGUGGUGUAUCACACACUGAAGAAGCAUUCGGCCAGAAAGUGUGGCUGUGUCUGA